AUGCCCCUGGUGAAGGACCUCCUGCACUCAUCUCCAGAAGAGAAGAGGAAGCAUAAGAAGAAACACCUGGUGCAGACCCCCAACUCCUACUUCAUGGACAUGAAGUGCCCGGGAUGCUACAAAAUCACCACUGCCUUCAUCCAUGCACAAACAGUAGUUCUGUGUGUCGGCUGCUCCACUGUCCUGUGCCAACCCAUAGGAGAUGCAAGGCUUACAGAAGGAUGCUCCUUCAGAUGGAAAUAG